AUGACCAGGCAUGUUCUUGCUACCGAUUUUGAUGAGACAAUAACCGAUAAGGAUACCAUUUCUGUGCUAGCGGAGCUUCCAUAUUUGUACAAAUCGUAUAAUGUCCCUUGGACCCAUUUCUUGGACACGUACAAACAAGGAAAUCAGAAAUUCGAGCCUGCACCCCGCAAGCUACCUAUUUUAGACCUCUGGGCACGCCAUCCUGACCAGCUAAUCACUGCUGGCAAUUUUGACCGAGUGUUCCGCUCAGAAGUAGAAUUUCAAAAGAGCCUAAGGCCUAUAGAGCUAAACAGUAUCCGAGAACUAGAAGCCAUGGGAGCAUUUGAAGGCGUCACAAUAGAGGAAGUUCAGAAAUUUUCGAAAAAUCGCACGUUCCUGUUACGCGAUGGGUUCUUGGAGGCUUGGAAGGCAGUAGCAGACGUCCAUAUUAUAUCCGUCAAUUGGUCCAAAAUCUUCAUUCAAUCUCUCCUGGACUCUGCUGCCGAACGACGCAGUUUAGAGGUGUCGUCCAUGCCUCCUGUCCAAAUAGCUUGCAAUGAUCUUAUAGCUGAAGAAGGCAAACUCAGCGGUAAGUUCGAUAAGGUUGUGGUGACAGGAUUUGACAAGUUAGAAAAACUACGAAUGCUCGUUCAAAACUCCAGUCAGAAGGAAACCAUUUGGUAUGUUGGUGACAGUGAGACGGAUAUACUUCCUAUCCUUUAUCCUGGAGUGAAUGGUGUUUUCUUGCUUGAUCCAGCAGAAAAUGCUAAAAAGCUCACUAAAAUAACCUCUGUUAUGGGGGUGCCAGCAAAUUAUCUUGCCAAAUUUGCGGCACAAAAACUUGAUAUAGUUGAAGUCCCUUGCAAGAAGACGGGCAUGUUAUAUUUUGUUAAGAACUGGAGAGCUUUUGCGAGAUUGCUACGAUAA